CUGCCCCCACCCUCCGGCGGCGGCAGAGCCAGAGCCAGAGAGGGCUGUCUCCUCCUCUUAGCCGGCAGCUGCUGCUCUUUCAGCUCACAAGCCCGGGCCAGGGGACUGGGCGGCAGCGUCUCCUCGGGCUCCUGAGAAGUGGAUCCUCUCCGGGCCACCGCAAUGCCAGGAGCGGCCCCCGUCCUCCUGGUCCUGCUGCUUAGCGGGGGUCUCGGGGGCGGUCGGGCGCAGCGGCCACAGCAGCAACAGCGGCAGCGGCAGCCCCAGACACAUCAGCAGAGAGGUUUAUUCCCUGCUGUCCUGAAUCUUGCUUCUAAUGCUCUUAUCACCACAAAUGCAACAUGUGGAGAAAGAGGACCUGAAAUGUAUUGCAAAUUGGUAGAGCAUGUCCCUGGUCAGCCCGUGAGGAACCCGCAAUGUCGAAUCUGCAAUCAAAACAGCAGCAAUCCAUUCCAAAGACACCCGAUUACAAAUGCUAUUGAUGGAAAGAACACCUGGUGGCAGAGUCCCAGUAUUAAGAAUGGAAUUGAAUACCAUUAUGUGACAAUUACACUGGAUUUACAGCAGGUGUUCCAGAUUGCAUAUGUGAUUGUGAAAGCAGCAAACUCCCCUCGGCCUGGAAACUGGAUUUUGGAACGGUCACUUGAUAAUGUUGAAUACAAGCCCUGGCAGUAUCAUGCUGUGACAGACACCGAGUGUCUAACUCUCUACAAUAUUUAUCCCCGUACUGGACCGCCAUCCUAUGCCAAAGACGAUGAAGUCAUCUGCACUUCCUUUUAUUCCAAGAUACACCCCUUGGAAAACGGAGAGAUUCACAUCUCUUUGAUCAAUGGGAGACCAAGUGCCGAUGACCCUUCUCCUGAACUGCUAGAAUUUACCUCUGCUCGCUAUCUUCGCCUGAGAUUUCAGCGGAUCCGUACCUUGAAUGCUGAUUUGAUGAUGUUUGCUCACAAAGACCCAAGAGAGAUUGACCCGAUUGUCACCCGAAGAUACUACUACUCGGUCAAGGAUAUUUCGGUCGGAGGGAUGUGCAUCUGCUAUGGUCAUGCCAGGGCUUGUCCACUUGAUCUGGUGACAAAUAAAUCCCGCUGCGAGUGUGAACAUAAUACGUGUGGUGACAGCUGUGAUCAGUGCUGUCCGGGAUUCCAUCAGAAACCUUGGCGAGCUGGGACUUUUCUGACUAAAACAGAAUGUGAAGCAUGCAAUUGUCAUGGGAAAGCUGAAGAAUGCUACUAUGAUGAAAAUGUUGCCAGAAGAAAUCUGAGUUUAAAUAUACAUGGAAAAUACAUUGGAGGGGGUGUGUGCAUUAACUGCACCCAGAACACUGCUGGUAUAAACUGUGAGACAUGCAUUGAUGGUUUCUUCAGACCCAAAGGGGUAUCUCCAAAUUAUCCAAGACCAUGCCAGCCAUGCCAUUGUGAUCCAAUUGGUUCCUUAAAUGAAGUGUGUGUGAAGGAUGAAAAACAUGCUCGACGAGGCCUGGCACCUGGAUCUUGUCAUUGCAAACCUGGCUUCAGAGGCGUGAGCUGUGACCGUUGUGCCCGGGGCUACACUGGCUACCCAGACUGCAAGCCCUGUAACUGCAGUGGUGCAGGGAGCACAAAUGAGGACCCUUGCUUUGGACUCUGUAACUGCAAGGAGAAUGUUGAAGGUGGGGACUGCAGUCGCUGUAAAGCUGGCUUCUUCAAUUUGCAAGAGCAUAAUCAUAAAGGUUGUGACGAGUGUUUCUGUUCCGGGGUUUCAGACAGAUGUCAGAGCUCCUACUGGACCUACGGCCAUAUACAAGACAUGCGUGGCUGGUACCUGACCGACCUCUCUGGCCGCGUUCAAGUGGCUCCCCAGCAGGAUGAUUUAGACCCGCCUCAGCAGGUCAGCAUCAGCGUUGAGGAAGCCCACCGGGCCCUGCCGCAGGGCUACUACUGGAGGGCACCAGCGCCCUAUCUGGGAAACAAGCUUACAGCAGCUGGAGGACAACUGACAUUUACCAUAUCAUAUAAUUUCGAAGAAGAAGAUACAGAACGUGUAUUCCAGAUUAUGGUUAUCUUAGAGGGAAAUGACUUGAGAAUUAGCACGGCCCAAGAUGAGGUGUAUCUGCAGCCGUAUGAAGAACAUAUUCACGUGCUGUCACUUAAAGAAGAAUUGUUUACCAUACAUGGCACAAAUUUCCCUAUCAGUAGAAGAGAGUUGAUGACAGUGCUUGCGAAUUUGAAGAGAGUCCUCAUACAGAUCACAUACAGCCUUGGGAUGAAUGCCAUCUUCAGGUUAGGCUCUGUUGGCCUUGAAUCCGCGGUCCCCUAUCCUACAGACAGAAGCAUCGCAGCCGCCGUGGAGGUUUGUCAGUGUCCUCCUGGGUACACCGGCUCCUCCUGCGAAAAGAGACACCAAGCUAAUGCCUCCUCUAAUCUCAUACCUGCCAGUAACGCUAAGUCUUGUUGGCCUCGGCACAGACGAAUUAACGGCACUCUUUUUGGUGGCAUCUGUGAACCAUGUCAUUGCUUUGGUCAUGCAGAAUCUUGUGAUGACAUCACCGGGGAAUGCCUGAACUGUAAGAAUCACACAGGUGGCCCAUAUUGCAAUAAAUGUCUUCCUGGUUUCUAUGGUGAUCCUACUAAAGGAACCUCUGAAGAUUGUCAGCCCUGUGCCUGUCCACUCAAUAUCCCAUCCAAUAACUUUAGCCCAACGUGCCGUUUAGACCGAAGUCUCGGAUUGGUCUGUGAUGCAUGCCCUGUUGGGUACACCGGACCACGCUGUGAGAGGUGUGCGGAAGGCUAUUUUGGACAACCUUCUGUACCUGGAGGCUCAUGUCAGCCAUGCCAAUGCAAUGACAACCUUGACUUCUCCGUCCCUGGCAGCUGUGACAGCUUGUCUGGCUCCUGUCUGAUAUGUAAGCCAGGUACCACAGGCCGCUUCUGUGAGCUCUGUGCUGAUGGAUAUUUUGGAGAUGCAGUUGCUGCAAAGAACUGUCAGCCUUGUCGCUGUAAUAUCAACAGCUCCUUCUCUGAGAGUUGCCAUGCCCGGACAGGACAGUGUGAAUGCAAGCCUAAUGUGCAGGGACGGCGGUGUGAUGAGUGUAAGCCUGAAACCUUUGGCCUACAAUCAGGAAGGGGCUGUGUUCCCUGCAAUUGCAAUUCCUUUGGGUCUAAAUCAUUCGACUGUGAAGAGAGCGGUCAGUGUUGGUGCCAGCCUGGAGUGACAGGAAAGAAAUGUGACCGCUGUGCCCAUGGCUAUUUCAACUUCCAAGAAGGAGGCUGCACAGCUUGUGACUGUUCCCAUCUGGGAAAUAAUUGUGAUCCAAAGACUGGUCAGUGCAUUUGCCCUCCCAACACCAUUGGAGAGAAAUGUUCUAAAUGUGCACCUAAUACCUGGGGCCACAGCAUCACCACUGGUUGUAAGGCUUGUAACUGCAGCACAGUGGGAUCCUUGGAUUUCCAAUGUAAUAUAAACACGGGCCAAUGCAGCUGUCACCCCAAAUUCUCUGGUGCAAAAUGUACAGAGUGCAACCGAGGUCACUGGAACUACCCUCACUGCAGUCCCUGUGAGUGCUUCCUGCCUGGGACUGAGGACAGGACCUGUGACUCAGAGACUAAAAAGUGCUCCUGUAUUGAUCAGACUGGGCAGUGCACCUGUAAGGUGAAUGUACAAGGUGUCCACUGUGAUAGGUGCCGGUCGGGCACAUUUGGACUUGACGCCAAGAACCCACUUGGCUGCAGCAACUGCUAUUGCUUCGGGGCUACUACCCAGUGCUCGGAAGCAAAAGGACUGAUCCGUACGUGGGUGACCCUGAAACCUGAGCAGACCGUCCUGCCCCUGGUGGACGAGGCACUGCAGCACACCACUACCAAAGGCAUCGUGUUUCAACACCCAGAGAUUGUUGCACACAUGGACCUGGUGAGACAGGAACUCCGCUUGGAACCUUUUUAUUGGAAACUUCCAGAACAGUUUGAAGGAAAGAAGUUGAUGGCCUAUGGCGGCAAACUCAAGUACACAAUCUAUUUUGAGGCUCGGGAAGAGACAGGUUUCUCUACCUACAAUCCUCAAGUUAUCAUUCGAGGUGGUACCCCUACGCAUGCUAGAAUUAUCGUCAGGCAUAUGGCUGCUCCUCUAAUUGGCCAGUUGACACGGCAUGAAAUCGAAAUGACAGAGAAAGAAUGGAAAUAUUAUGGUGAUAAUCCUCGAAUCAGUAGAACUGUGACCCGUGAAGACUUCUUGGAUAUUCUAUCUGAUAUUCAUUAUAUUCUUAUCAAGGCAACUUAUGGAAAUAUCAUGAGACAAAGCAGGAUUUCUGAGAUCUCGAUGGAGGUAGCCGAACAAGGACGCCUAACAGCGCUGACUCCUCCAGCUCGCUUGAUAGAAAGAUGUGAUUGUCCCUCAGGCUAUGCUGGUUUGUCCUGUGAGACAUGCAUGCCAGGAUUUUAUCGACUGUGGUCUGAGCCGGGUAGCCACACUCCUAGACCAACUCUGGGCACCUGCGUUCCAUGUCAGUGUAAUGGACACAGCAGCCUGUGUGACCCUGAAACCUCCAAAUGCCAGAAUUGUCAACAUCACACUGCUGGUGACUUCUGUGAACGAUGUGCUCUUGGAUAUUAUGGAAUUGUCAGGGGAUUGCCAAAUGACUGUCAGCAAUGUGCUUGCCCUCUAAUUUCUUCCAGCAACAAUUUUAGCCCUUCUUGUGUCACGGAAGGCCUAGAUGAUUACCGCUGCACUGCCUGCCCACGGGGAUACGCAGGCCAGUACUGUGAACGGUGUGCCCCUGGCUAUACUGGCAGCCCCAGCAGCCCUGGAGGUUCCUGCCAAGAAUGUGAGUGUGACCCGCAUGGCUCGCUGCCUGUCCCCUGUGACUCCAUCACAGGACUCUGCACGUGCCGCCCCGGAGCCACAGGGCAGAAGUGUGACGGCUGCGAGCACUGGCAUGCACGCGAGGGCAUGGAGUGUGUGUUUUGUGGAGAUGAAUGCACAGGCCUCCUUCUUGGUGACUUGGCUCGCCUGGAGCAGAUGGCCAUGAGUAUCAACCUCACUGGCCCGCUACCUGCCCCAUAUAAAAUGCUGUAUGGCCUUGAAAAUACGACUCAAGAACUAAAGCACUUGCUCUCACCCCAGCGGGCCCCAGAGAGGCUCAUUCAGUUGGCAGAGGGCAAUCUGAACACGCUCGUGUCGGAAAUGAAUGAUCUUCUGACCAGGGCUACCAAAGUGACAGCAGAUGGCGAGCAAACUGGACAAGAUGCUGAGAGGACCAACAGGAGAGCAGACUCCUUAGGAGAAUUCAUUAAGGAGCUUGCCCAGGAUGCAGAAGCUGCAAAUGAAAAAUCUGUAAGACUAAAUGAAACUCUAGGAACUCCAGACAAGGCCUUUGAGAGAAAUUUGCAAGGGCUUCAGAAAGAGAUUGAUCAGAUGAUGACAGAACUGAGGAGGAAAAAUCUAGAUAAACAAAAGGAAGUUGCUGAAGACGAGUUAGUAGCUGCAGAAGGCCUUCUGAAGAAGGUGAAGAAGUUAUUUGGUGAGUCCCGAGGGAAAAACGAGGAACUGGAGAAGGGUCUCCAGGAGAUAUUGGCAGGCUACAAAAACAAAGUUGAUGAUGCUUGGGACCUGUUGAGAGAAGCCAUGGAGAAAAUCAGAGAGGCUAAUCGCUUAUCUGCAGCAAACCAGAAAAACAUGACUGCUUUGGAGAAAAAGAAGGAGGCUAUUGAACGUGGCAAGCAACAAACUGAGAACACUUUAAAAGAAGGCAAUGACAUACUUGAUGAAGCCAACCGUCUUGCAGGUGAAAUCAACUCAGUCAUAGAUUAUGUUGAAGACAUUCAAACUAAAUUGCCACCCAUGUCUGAAGAGCUUAAAGAUAAAAUCUAUGACCUUGCCCAGGAAAUAAAGGACAGGAAGCUUGCUGAGAAGGUGUCCCAGGCAGAGAGCCAUGCGGCUCAGUUGAAUGACUCAUCUGCUGUCCUUGAUGGAAUCCUUGAUGAGGCUAAAAACAUCUCCUUCAAUGCCACUGCAGCCUUCAAUGCUUACAGCCACAUUAAGGACUGUAUUGACGAAGCUGAGAAAAUUGCCCAAGAAGCUAAAGGUCUUGCGCACGAAGCUACAAAACUGGCAACAGGUCCUCAGGGUUUACUAAGGGAAGAUGCCAAAGAGUCUCUUCAGAAAAGCUUUGGGAUUCUUAAUGAAGCCAAGAAGUUAGCAAAUGCCGUUAAAGAAAAUGAUGACUAUCUGAAUGGCUUAAAAACCAGGUUAGAAAAUGCAGAUGUUAGAAAUGAAGAUCUCCUGAGAGCUUUGAAUGACACUUUGGGGAAGCUGUCAGCCAUUCCAAAUGACACAGCUGCUAAACUGCAAGCUGUUAAGGACAAAGCAAGACAAGCCAACGACACAGCAAAAGAUGUAUUGGCACAGAUUAAAGAUCUCCACCAGAACCUUGACGGCCUGAAGAAAAAUUACAAUCAACUAACAGACAGCGUAGCCAAAACAAAUGCUGUGGUAAAAGAUCCUUCGAAGAACAAAAUCAUUGCAGAUGCUGAUGCCACUGUGAAAAAUCUAGAACAAGAAGCUGAUCGACUGAUAGAUAAACUCAAACCCAUCAAGGAACUUGAGGAUAACCUAAAGAAAAACAUUUCUGAGAUAAAGGAACUGAUAAACCAAGCCCGGAAACAAGCUAAUUCUAUCAAAGUGUCUGUGUCUUCCGGAGGUGACUGCAUUCGAACAUACAAGCCGGAAAUCAAGAAAGGAAGCUACAAUAAUAUCAUUGUCAACGUAAAGACAGCUGUUGCUGACAACCUCCUUUUUUAUCUUGGAAGUGCCAAAUUUAUUGACUUUCUGGCUAUAGAAAUGCGUAAAGGCAAAGUAAGCUUCCUCUGGGAUGUUGGAUCUGGAGUUGGACGUGUAGAGUAUCCAGAUUUGACUAUUGAUGACUCUUACUGGUACCGUAUUGAGGCAUCAAGAACUGGGAGGAAUGGGACCAUUUCUGUGAGAGCCCUGGAUGGACCCAAAGCCAGCAUUGUGCCCAGUACCUACCACGCGGCGUCUCCCCCGGGGUAUACUAUCCUCGAUGUGGAUGCUAACGCGAUGCUAUUCGUUGGUGGCUUGACUGGGAAACUGAAGAAGGCCGAUGCUGUACGCGUGAUUACAUUCACGGGCUGUAUGGGAGAAACAUACUUUGACAGCAAACCUAUAGGGCUGUGGAAUUUCCGAGAAAAAGAAGGUGACUGCAAAGGCUGUACUGUCAGUCCUCAGGUAGAAGAUAGUGAAGGGACUAUUCAGUUUGAUGGAGAAGGGUAUGCAUUGGUCAGCCGCCCCAUUCGCUGGUAUCCCAACAUCUCAACUGUCAUGUUCAAGUUCAGGACAUUUUCUUCAAGUGCUCUCCUGAUGUACCUUGCCACACGAGACCUGAAAGAUUUCAUGAGUGUAGAGCUCACUGAUGGGCAUGUAAAAGUCAGCUAUGAUCUGGGUUCAGGAAUGGCUUCCGUUGUCAGCAAUCAAAACCAUAAUGAUGGGAAAUGGAAAUCCUUCACCCUGUCAAGAAUUCAGAAACAAGCCAACAUAUCAAUUGUAGAUAUAGCUACUAACCAGGAGGAGAGCAUAGCAACUUCAUCUUCUGGAAACAACUUCGGUCUUGACUUGAAAGCAGAUGACAAAAUAUAUUUUGGUGGUCUGCCAACACUGAGAAACUUGAGUAUGAAAGCAAGGCCAGAAGUAAAUUUGAAGAAAUAUUCUGGCUGCCUCAAGGAUAUUGAAAUUUCAAGAACCCCGUAUAACAUACUCAGUAGUCCUGAUUAUGUUGGUGUUACCAAAGGAUGUUCACUAGAGAACGUUUACACAGUCAGCUUCCCCAAGCCUGGUUUCGUAGAGCUUCCCCCUGUGCCAAUUGACGUAGGGACAGAAAUCAACCUGUCCUUCAGCACCAAGAACGAGUCUGGGAUCAUUCUCUUGGGAAGUGGAGGGACGCCACAACCUCGGAGAAAACGAAGGCAAACUGGACAGGCCUAUUACGCGAUAUUCCUGAACAAAGGCCGUCUGGAAGUGCAUCUCUCCAUGGGGACACGAACAAUGAGGAAAAUUGUCGUCAAACCGGAGCCGAGUCUGUUUCACGACGGGAGAGAACAUUCUGUUCAUGUCGAGAGAACUAAAGGCAUCUUUACUGUUCAAGUUGAUGAAGACAGAAGGCAUAUGCAAAACCUGACCAUAGAACAGGCGAUCGAAGUUAAAAAGCUUUUCGUCGGGGGUGCCCCACCUGAAUUUCAACCUCCCCCACUCAGAAAUAUUCCUCCUUUUGAAGGCUGUGUGUGGAACCUUGUUAUAAACUCUGUCCCUAUGGACUUUGCACAGCCUGUAUCCUUCAAAAAUGCAGACAUUGGUCAUUGUGCCCAUCAGAAGCCCCGUGAGGAUGACGAUGGAGCAGUGCCAGCCGAAAUAGUGACCCAGCCAGAGCCGGUCCCCACCCCCGCCUUCGCUACACCCACCCCAGUUGUGGCACAUGGUCCUUGUGCGGCAGAAUCAGCACCAGCUCUCUUGAUAGGGAGCAAGCAGUUCGGGCUUUCGAGAAACAGCCACAUUGCAAUUGCGUUUGAUGACACCAAAGUGAAAAACCGUCUCACCAUUGAGUUCGAAGUGCGAACGGAAGCUGACUCCGGCCUGCUUUUUUACAUGGCCCGCAUCAAUCACGCUGACUUUGCUACCGUGCAGCUGAGAAAUGGAUUGCCCUAUUUCAGUUAUGACUUGGGAAGUGGUGACACCAUCACCAUGAUCCCCAUCAAAAUCAACGACGGUCAGUGGCACAAGAUUAAGAUUAUGCGAAUUAAGCAAGAAGGAAUUAUUUAUGUAGAUGAUGCCUCCAACAGAACCAUCAGUCCCAAGAAGGCGGAUAUCCUGGAUGUUGUGGGAAUGCUGUAUGUUGGUGGGCUACCCAUCAACUACACUACCCGAAGAAUUGGUCCAGUGACCUACAGCAUUGAUGGCUGCAUCAGGAAUUUUCAGAUGGCGGAGGCCCCUGCUGAUCUUGAACAGCCAACCUCCAGCUUCCAUGUUGGAACAUGUUUUGCUAAUGCUCAGAAAGGAACAUAUUUUGAUGGAACAGGUUUUGCCAAAGCAGUUGGUGGAUUCAAAGUGGGAUUGGACCUUCUUGUAGAAUUUGAAUUCCGCACAACCAGAACCACUGGAGUUCUUCUGGGAAUCAGCAGUCAGAAAAUGGAUGGAAUGGGUAUUGAAAUGAUUGAUGAAAAGCUAAUGUUUCAUGUGGACAAUGGCGCCGGCCGAUUCACUGCAGUCUAUGAUGCUGGGAUCCCAGGGCAUUUGUGUGACGGACAGUGGCAUAAAGUCACAGCCAACAAGAUCAAACACCGCAUUGAGCUGACAGUAGAUGGGAAUCAGGUGGAGGCCCAGAGCCCAAACCAAGCAUCUACAUCAGCUGAUACAAAUGACCCUGUGUUUGUUGGUGGUUUCCCAGAUGGCCUCAACCAGUUUGGUCUAACAACCAACAUUAGGUUUCGAGGUUGCAUUCGAUCUCUGAGGCUCACCAAAGGCACAGGCAAGCCACUGGAGGUCAAUUUUGCCAAGGCCCUGGAGCUAUGGGGCGUUCAACCUGUAUCAUGCCCAGCCAACUAAUACAAAUAAGUUUAACUCCAAGAAAGGUCCUUCAAGUAUAUCAAGUAAAACAAAUAUAUCUUACCUAGAUGUGUUAUUAAAACUAAUCUGUGCAUGUAUAUUAAAUUCUUUCUGUACUCGGACGGUGCUAAGUCAGAUCUCAGA